UUGGCAUAUUCUGCAACUGAAUAUGCUCGAGUGAAUUUUAGCAAGAUUGAUUUCCAACUUCAUCGCUCCGAAUAUCAUGCAGUGAAUCGAAAUCACAGGGAAAUAUUCAGGAGUGUGUACAUCGGUGUGUGUAAUUUCGCAAAAGCAGAGGAGCAGGUCACGAAGCGGUCGGAUUUCCGCGUUUACCAUCAGCUGGCUCAUCGACCUCUUCUGGAUGAUCUAGAACAAGAAUUGCCACUUAUUGUCGUCUACCGGACAGCCAACGGGUCUUUCAGGCAUUACCCCAUUAGACGUCGUAAAGUUGGAACAUCUUCGUAUUAUUACGUUGACUACGGUGAUCCAAAAGCUCAAGCACACGCCUCUCUCGACCAUCUCGUUCGAUACUAUCAGAUCAAUGCUCAAAGACAUCCGGAAAAUGGCGAGUAUGCUGAUCAGUUUCCGUGGUGGGAAGUGCAUUUGUGA